AUGUUGGCGCCUAUGCCGGCUGUCCCUGUGGUGCGCGAAAUUGACGACAGGGCAAGUUGCAUUGUCUGGCCCGCAGCCCGGGUCCUCUUGCAAUGGCUGCACACGACCCUGAAGGACACUCUGGGCACGGAGCUGGAAGGCGCCAGGGUUUUGGAGCUUGGAGCUGGCACGGGCUUCCUGUCGCUUGCUUUGGUGCAAGAAGGCGUGGAGAAGGUGUUUGCUGCCGAGGGCGACGAGGAUGCUUGGGAGAAUUUGACCCAGAACGUGGGCACUGCCUCGCAGCUACAGCCGGUGCUGUGGAACUGGGAAAGAGAUCCAGCGAUACCUGACGAAAUUCCCGUUCAUUCUCUUCAUCUCAUAGUGGGAUCCGAUCUGGUGUAUCCGGGGUACUACAACGAGCGUGCUUUGGCAGAGCUGAUCCGACGCCUGGUCGACCUGAUGUCGCCCGCAUGGCACGUUCCGGUCCUGCUCCUUCUCUGCGAUCGGGAGGAGCCGUCGGGGCCUCGAAGCCUGGCGAGUUUUCUGGGCUUCUGCGAUGCUUUGGGCAUCGAGCCCGUGGAGCUGCCCCUGAGCAGAGAGCUACUGGAGGGGGCCCUUGGGCCCUUAGACGGCCGAGCCUGCCACGAGGAUCCUGGGGGAGCCGCGGGCACCUUGAGCCAGCUGCGGCUCUUCUAUUUUGGGAGAGGCGAAAAAGGCCGCAGCCCCCAUCGAGCCCUUGCUUCGUUGCUUUGCUUGAAGCGCGACAUGUCGGAAGACGCGGCACCGGAGCGAGAUGCCGUAGCAGGCGACGCUUCGUCAAGUGACGGCGAGGCCAAGGAUGGUGCUCUUGACGAUGCAGAUGUGACACUUCGCAAAGUGUUGUUCGACGUUGAGCCAAGACAGUCUGCGAAUGGGAGUUUACCGUCGCCAAGCAAGAGGCGUCGAAGUCGGCAGGCUGCCAUAGGUGGCCUCGGCACAGUCUGUGUUCCAAUUCGCGCAGGUUUAACAGAGGAGCAGGUGCAGGGUCUCCGGGAGGUCUUCAGCCUCUUCGAUCCUGAUGG